CUGUGGCUUGUGCUAGUAUAGUGUUGUCUGCGGUGGAAGGUGGAUGUGUUGCGUACUCUGGUACUCGCCCCGUAAAUGUGAAGUACUGUUUAUCUAUAUGACUUACUGUAAUUUGUGACUGUCAGUUUCUUAUGCAUAUGUACACAAUUAACGAUGUAUACAAAUGUUGUGUAAGAAACAUUUAACUUUCAGCAAUACUUCACGCCAGGAACUGAAGUAACAACACCAACAGAUUCAAAACAAGAUGAAAUCCUUGAGGGUGUUGGUCGUAAGGAAUUUAUUAGCACUGAUGAUCUUUAUUAAUUUAUCAUGUUCAGCAUUCCCCAACAAGGAGGAUUAUGACCCACCAGUUGUUGAUUCAGUUUCAAUUUCAGAAGGUCAAGACAAACUGCAAGAAGUUCUGUCAUCUAACUCUUCAUCUCCGUCCUGUACUGAUGAGGAGUCAUCACAUAAUUUAAAUUCUAGUACAAGUCAUUGCCCAGAUGUUGCCUCUCUCUACAGAUCUGCAUCAAAGUGGCCACAGAAUAAGAAUUUAGCAGUUCGAUUAGUACGGAUUGAUGGUACUUUGAACCUUACUCUGCUGGCUGAUAUGGUCCUUGUGUCUUUAUCUCUCCAGGGUGCCAAUGUGACACACAUCUCUUACCAGCAGCAGCAACUGUGCAAACUGAUGACUUUGGAUCUCAGUAACAACCCAAAUUUAGGUGCAGCAUUUUUUCAAGAGCUGGAGGACCUGCCCUCUCUUACUAAUCUGCUGCUACACAGGACAUCACUUGCUACCAUAAGGUUACCUGACCUUUUGUCAAAGCUGACAUCUAUACAGCACCUCGAUGUUUCAUAUACUGGCCUGCGAGAUGUUCCCUUGGCAACAUUUCAACACAACAAAAAACUGAAGUCUCUUAACUUAGCUGGGAAUCGGUUAAUCCAAAUCAAUCUUGAUAAAGGCCUUGUGCAACAGCUGACACAUUUGAAUAUGUCUGGAUGUGAACUACACCAUGUAAGAGUAAGGUCAAGUCCAGCUGCUGUAGAGACAGGGCCAGGGCUUUUUCCCAAAUCACAGUUUCAAAUACUUGACGUAUCACAUAAUCACCUCGCUUCUCUCCCAGCCUCCUUGAUAAAUGUCCUCACUAGCAGCAAGUCUCACCUAAAUAUUACAGAUAAUUUAUGGCAAGAGUCGUGUAAUAAUUGCUCACUUUACUACUUGAAUUACUUCAUCAACAUGUAUCGUAAUCUGGUGGUGGGAAAAGAGGAGGUCCAGUGCUUUGAUAUGGAAGCACUCUUUUCUUGUAGCUGGGAAGAAUGUCCUCUUGGCUGCCACUGUAACAAGAGAAAAAAGACUGUGGACUGUACAAAUGCAGGAUUGGAGACCAUUCCCUUUGUGGGGCCAGCUGAUGCAGAGACACUUUUAAUGUCAAGUAACAAUCUGCAUAAUCUGAGUGGGAUAGACUCUCCAGCUUGGUGUAACCUCACGACAUUGAUUGUAGAUCAGAACCAACUUAGUAUUUUGGUGCCCCCAGGAUUGACUGGUCACUGCCCUUGUCAUGAAAACUGGAUCAACAACAGUGAAGAAAAGAAUUGCACUCCUCAACACCUGCAAACUGUCAACUUGAGCCACAACAAGAUUAAGAGUAUAUCAUCGAAUGACUGCUCUCUGCUCUAUCCUGUGAUGGAAUUAAAUAUUUCUUCAAAUUUGUUUCAGAGCUUGGGAGCCCUGGCCUGUGUAUCACUGCAACGUCUACAGGUCUUAAGAUUAGAUCACAAUAUGAUCAAUAAUGUGGCAGAGUCAGAAUUUGCUACUUAUCCGUACCUUCAAGAGCUCUACCUCUCUAAUAACACACUAGAGAUGCUGCAGCCAAGGAUAACAGAUUUAAUGUUUAAACUUAAGAUUCUUGAUGUCAGCCACAACCUUUUGGCAAAGUUCAGCAGCAACAACAACAGGUCUUCUCAUUCUCCAUUUUCCUCUAUGGGGGUGAGUCCACUAGAGGAGGUGUACCUUCAUGACAACAAGUUCUCACAGAUUGAACCAGUGCUUGACCUGGAACACAUCUCCACCUUAAAGACACUUACCCUUUAUAACAACCUCUGGUCAUGCAACUGUGCCAGCAUUAAAAAAGUAAAGGGGACAGUCUUCAAAGAACUGAAGAAUCACGCCUUUAUCACUGCUGUCACGAAAAUGCAGUGCCAUUUGCCGGCUGAAAAGAAUGGUACUAAUGUCAUGCAUAUGAGGGAAGAAGAGGUUUGCCAGGAGACAUCUCCUGACACCAACUUCAUGUCCAUGGUGGCGUUCAUUAUCAUGGCUCUCAUGAUUGUGUUUGUCUGCUACCACAUGAGGUGGAGCCGUCUUCUUAACAAAAUCAUAAGUGAAAAGAAAAUGCAUGUCAGCCGAGAUCCCACUGUUGGGCGGACUUAUGAUGUGUUUGUUGUCCAUGCACAUCGGGAUUAUGAAAGAGUCAAGCAACAUGUCAUCGCUCCAUUGACCCAACAUGGCUAUUCUGUGGCAUGGCAUGACAACGUCUUCAGACCUGGCGAUUGGGUUCUAGAGAAUGUGGAGAGAGCUGUGCGUAAUUCUAGAAGGAUGCUGGUGGUUGUGACGGACAAUCUCCUUAAUAGUAGAUGGUGUAAACAGGAAAUCAGACGUGGCCGACAUGAAGAAUUUGACAAGGAGGGGUUCAAGAUUUUGGCAUUGAUGAUGGACCCAUUACCUCAAGCUCUCCCCCGUGACCUGUAUGAGAUUGUGGCCUUGCGUACACAUGUUCUCUUCACCAAUAGAGACUACAUUGAGAGAAUCUGCAACUUCCUACCAGCUCCUGCUCCACAGCAGCCACAUCUGGAAGGGGCGUACCUCACAGACACAAAUAUCCGCUAUCUACUUGAGCGGUUUGAGGCUAUACGCCAGAGAGACAGAGAGCACCGUAGUAAUGUGUGUGAAGUGUUCAGCAUGGCAAGAGAUGAGAACAACAAAUUUGAAAUUAGGAGUGAGGCUACCUGGCCAGUGGAGUGUCAGGAUGAAACAAAUCUUCCAACAAUGAGUGAAGAAGAACGCAGGGAAAUGAUCCGCAGGUAUAAUGAGAGACCACCAGUGGAACACCCGACUCGCACAGAUACCACCAGCCUGAACUACAUUAUGAUAGAUGAUGAUAAUGAAGAGGAGGGUAUUACUCAGUUGGAAGGUUUUACAAGAAGUGGCUUUGCCAGAUAUUCAUGCAAGUUCUGAACCAUGAACAGCAUAUCUAUCACUUGAAGGUUUAGAGAACAGUCAAGGGGCUAGGGAGACAGCCAUACCCCUCAUGGUCCUGCUGUACCAACCUUGUUCACUCACUGAAUUUUUGUUUGAAAAAGUUUGAUGAAUGAUACAGACUACAUUUUGAAAAGUUUAUAUUUUCUGUGCCAUCAGAAAUUUUCAUUUUAAGUAGUCCCUUUCCAACCGUGGGAGAUAGGUUCCUAGAAAACCCUGUGAUUGGUAAAUCAGCGGCUAGUAAGACUAAAGGCUUAUGGGAAUUGGGGAUUAGGUUCCAUGGCCGCCGAUAACACUCGUCAGACCCUGAGUAAGUUGCCUGUUCCUUCACAAAGCAAUACCUGCAUUCUACACAUAUAAAGUAAAUAGUAAUAUAAUUUAAACAGUAUAAGAGGUAUUUACCUUCAUUGAGGAUGAUGAGGACUGAUUGAUUGUGCUGAAUUAAAAUAAAGGCUUGAAAGACUAAAAUCAAAUAAUGCAAGGUAAAAAACAUAGUAACAAAUAACAUAGAACUUUUGUAACCCCCCCCCUCAAAGCUCUUGUAGAAGGCCAGCUUCCUCCAUGAAGGAGAGAACUUCCCUUCCUGUAGCCCCCCCAGCACCAAAGAAAGAAGGUAAGAUCCUUCCCCCGACGCUGGAAGAGGUGCUUAUGACAAAGAUCUCUGAGACUGGGGCAUUCCUUCAAGAGGAGUCGAACAGUCAAUGAGACCAAGCAGUCAUCACAAUGGUGAGGUGGGCGCCCUCUCCAUUAAAAAACCAUGAGUCAGCCGUGUGUGGUCAAUGUGGAGGUGGGCCAAAGUAGUUUUCCGACAGUGCGACAACCCCUGAUAUCCCCAGGCACCUAAUACUUUUUCUUUAAUGCAGUAUUGUAUUCAGGCAUUUUUGUAUAGUAAAAAUUAAUUAUGUUUGACCUCAGAAUAUCUCCUAAUAUAAAUUGCGCAUCACCUCAAAAUGGCCUCCAAAUGCCCAUGAUAUUAGUCGGCCUACCCCCUAGUUGGGUAGGCUGCUGUGCUCACCAUGUUCUCCCAACCACAACUUUUUCUACCCCCCUUUUUUUAUAUUCAUGGUUAUGCCCCUGUAUGAUUACAAAAUAUUAGAAAUUACAGACACAUCUGGCAAGUUAGUAACACUGUACCCAUACCAGAACA